GCAUUCCGACAUUCUUUUUUGAUGAAAGACCAACUCAACUACGUGUGGUUUUCUUUGUUUUUUUGACAGCUAACAAUAAUAUGACAGAAGAUGGGGGACUGGAACUUAUUAGGCAGCAUUUUAGAAGAGGUCCACAUUCAUUCCACCAUUGUGGGGAAGAUCUGGCUUACCAUCCUGUUCAUUUUCCGCAUGCUUGUGCUUGGUGUUGCAGCUGAGAGUGUCUGGGACGACGAGCAGACUGAGUUUGUUUGCAACACGGAGCAACCGGGCUGCAAGAACGUGUGCUACGACCAGGCUUUUCCCAUCUCCCUCAUCCGCUACUGGGUCCUUCAGAUCAUCUUCGUGUCCUCGCCGUCUCUGGUCUACAUGGGUCAUGCCUUAUACCAUUUGAGGACCCUUGAGAAACAGCGGCACAGGAAGAGAGCCUGUCUGAGAGCUGAGCUGGACGGGACAGACCCCAUCGAGGAGGACCAUAAAAGAAUCGAGCGAGAGCUCAGGAAACUAGAUGAACAGAAGAGAGUAAGGAAAGUUCCCCUCAGAGGCUCCUUGCUGUGUACAUAUAUUUUCCAUAUCUUGACUAGAUCUGUGGUGGAGGUAGGUUUCAUGAUCGGUCAGUGUGCUCUCUAUGGCAUUGGACUCUCUCCUCUGUACAAAUGUGAGCGGUUGCCUUGCCCCAACAGUGUUGAUUGCUAUGUGUCGCGGCCAACAGAGAAGAACAUUUUCAUGGUCUUCAUGCUGGUUAUCGCUGGAGUUUCCUUGUUCCUUAACCUCCUGGAGAUUUUCCAUCUAGGCGUGAAGGAGAUCAAACAAAGCUUGUACGGAUAUGGCGAUGACGAGAGUGUGUGCAGGUCAAAGAAAAACUCCAUGGUGCAGCAGGUUUGCAUGCUCAGUGACCCCUCACAACACGGGUUAAUGCAUCUCACACAGAAGACCGGCUCUGGUGGCCCUGGUAAUCUUGGGGAAGCACCGUCUUACAUUUUGGCCUCUCAGAUCCAACAGCAAAACAAUAAUUCGCAGCGGCCUGCGCAGACGAUCCUGCCGAGCCAGGCUGACAUCCAGGGUCUGCAGCAGCUGGGAGCUUUGGAGCGACGCUACACCCUUGAAAGCAGCAAACCCUCCUGUAGCAGUGAAGAGUCCAACGGGCGCCGUGGCUCGUGCCAGCCUCAGUACGCAGGCCCUCGACCCUCACUGAUGGCCAGCCACAUGGAAAUCCCGGCAGCGCUCAAGAACAUGCAGAGAAAGCAGAGCAGAGUGAGCGCUUGUAAGGAGCUCAGUGACAUGAGUGAUUGUUCAGAGAGUGAUCACUACCCCACAGCCAGGAAGUGCAGUUUUAUGUCCAGAGGACUGUCAGAAGGGAAGCUGGCUACUCCAUCUGACAGUGGCGACUCUCACAGUUGCUCAGACCUCGAGGCCCAGCACCUCAACCAGGGAGAGAGUCCGGUAAUGACCCCACCACCUCCAGCCAGCGGGAGGAGGAUGUCCAUGAGCAUGAUUCUGGAACUGUCUUCAAUCAUGAAAAAGUAAAUUGAAAAUGACGAUUCUGGGACUGAGCAAGUCAGUGGCUAAAUGAAAAAUGGAAGGACCCUGAUCAAAAGAAAAAUAUCCUGUCUCUCAGCUGCAAGUCAGUGUUUUCACAGUAUCUUCAUGAGCUCUGUUUUUUUGUGCAUGAACCAAAGCUUCACUUUCACUCAUCAACACCAUCCCACAGACAACAGACGCUUCAUCACCGACGAUAUCUCCACUAUCCCUCAUGUCGACAGUUUGCUCCUGUUAGCGCUAGUUUUUGAAGACUAUAAAUCAAAUGUGAAUCAGAUUUGGCUCAAAGCACGUGUGACUGCCCAUAAAAUGAGGCCAAAAGUGUCGACGGAAGAUUGUAAAUAACGAUUCGAGAAGACGAGGGAAUUCUCUCACUCACUGAAUGAGCUGCAGGAAAGAAAGGGCUCGUCAAGGUUUUUAUUUAUUUAUUAAUUUAUUUAUUUUUGGACUGAGAGUCACUGAAUGCCGUUUAUGAUUAUAUCUGAUAAAUGUGAGCUGUUAUUGCAAAUAUUUCUGAUGUCCUGUUGUUUUUUUUCUAUUAAA